AUGCCUGUGGCCGAAGAUGCUUCUAAGUUCAAAUGUCAAACCGCGUCCUUGCUGUGCAACGAUGCGCCUAGCGCUAUAAAUGGAGAGCCCGACGAGACACAGGCAUCAGUCGCUCGAUUGCCUCUCAAUCACACAGUCCCAAGACAACCAAAAAAAAACUCAUCAAAAAUGAAAUUGUUCAUCGUUUUCGCUCUCUUCGUCGCUGCCGCGGUUGCUGCUCCCGCUGGCCCUGAUGCUGAUGCUCAGAUCCUCCGUUACGAGAGCGACAACAAAAUCGAUGGCCACACAUAUGCUGUGGAGACCUCCAACGGCAUCGCUCAGCAAGAAGAAGGUCAGUUGCGAAACGCUGGUACUGAAAACGAGAUCUACGCAGUUCGUGGCCAGUUCUCUUACACCGGCCCUGAUGGUGUUGUCUAUCUCAUCAACUACAUCGCUGACGAGAAUGGAUUCCAACCCCAGGGCUCUCACAUCCCCGCUUAA